CUUCUCCAAUACGUAGUUCACUUCUCAUGUCCCUCAGCCUCAACAACAACUCAUUUUUAAGUUCUCCUCCCUCACUUGCCCCUUUUCGACAACCCUUGUUUCAUACUUUCUUUUUCUCGAGAAAAUAUGGGAAGGGUAUUUGGGUUGUUAUUCCAAAUCCUUCUCUUGCAUUUUCAGGUCUAUCGGCCAUUGAGUACCCCUUCCUCUUUUCUUGAUUCAGCUCAUUUAUGCCUCCCAGAACAGAGAGCUGUCUUACUCGAAUUCAAAAACACCAUUUCUCUGGAUGAUUAUUGUGAUGAUUACCCAAGAACAAAUUCUUGGAAUGAAAGCACGGAUUGCUGCUCAUGGGAUGGAGUCAGUUGCCACGUGGUGACUGGUCAUGUCAUUGGCAUCGACCUCAGUGCCAGCUGCCUUUAUGGCACUCUCCAUGAUAACAGUAGUCUCUUCCACCUUCAAGGACUCCAACGACUCGACCUCAAUUUCAACAAACUUGAUGGCUCUCUUCUUGAAAACAGCAGCCUCUUCCACCUUCAAGGACUCCAACGACUCAACCUUGCUCACAACAAUUUCAAUGGCUCUAUCUCAUCGAAGUUAUUUAAUCAAUAUGUCUGAUGUUGCACUUCCUUCCUUUCUGAACUUGACUUCAUCUCUGGAACGUUUGAGUCUCAGAGAUUGUCAACUACAUGGGGAAUUUCCAAGUGAAGUUUUUUGCCUUCCAUACCUCCAGCACAUAGAUUUAGCUUCGAAUCAAAAUGUCACAGGUUAUCGCCCAAAGACA